AUGAGCGCGCGCUCGCGAUCCGACCAGCAGGAGAAUGCGCCGGCGCCUCCCAAACAUGCUUCGAUCCCCCCUAAUCCCAGCAGUAGGCUCUCCCCAGCGUCGGCGCAAGCUUCCUCUCGGCCCAAAGCUGGCGGGGGCUCGCCCGCGGGCCAAGGAGACCUCAGCUAUUUCGAGACGACCGCUUUGGAGCCGACGCUGAACCCGGACGACACCAUUUCGGAGGACGCAGUCAGAGAACAUCUUAAGGAUAUGGAUUCGAGCUUCCUCCCGUCGUUGUCGCCAAUUCCUACAGGCUCUGCGGGUGCUGGGGCGACCGCCGAUGACAGCUUUGUCUUCGAUUCGCCCGCCAAACGAUCUGCGCAGCCUUCCAGGAGCUCUGCCCGGCCCGAGUCGUCGCAAUCUAGACCCCAGCUGAGAUACGAUUCGAGCUACAGAUCGAGACCGGAGUACACAAACGAGUUUGAGUUCAAUCCGGAGUCUGAAGAUGAUUUGACCAGAGCGAGCAACACCACAUCGAGUCUAGAGAGGUUUGACUCCUCGCCUGCAGCAGCAGCUGCCGCUCGUAACAUCUCCCGCAGCACAAGCAAACAGAACACUCCCAAGGUCCCCCAACAAGAGAACGACAAAAACGGACAGGACGAUUCCCUUGUAUUUAGCACCGAGGGCCAUGAUGCUUCUUCCUUUCCGGGUGGCCCUACUGGGCUUGCCCUGCGCAACAAGCGCCCCAAGUAUGUGCGCAGUGGCCGCUUCAGCAGCCAGCGAUCCUCGACUUCAUCCUUCGUGACCAAUCCCGAAUCGCAGGAAGACAGCGAUGCUACUGUGGGCACUGUAGGGCUAGGACUCGACUAUGCGCUACAUUCCGGAGGAGCGGUACCCAACACGGGCAUGUCUCGAUCUCCCUCUAAUCUGUUGCGAACUAUAAGCAUGGGCAGCAUGACCUCUGGUCUCGGCACUGAUGAGUUUGGCGACAAUACGCGCCAGCUGGAACCGCUGGCCGAGGUGGACACUCCUACCCGAGGAAGAGAGAGCAAUUACAAGAUGGUGACACCCAAGGCCAAAGAUAGCAUCAGCACAGCUCCUACGGAUACCGUCAUAGCUCAGCACGUUAAGAACGUCCACGUCCCGGAUUCGGUUGCGAAAGAGUUCAAAUUCCAAAAUGGCCUACAAACCCCACGAUUGUCUGGCUCUACCGCCACCGCGGUUAACAGCUCCAAGGCUACAGGCAAAGGCACUGGCAAGACCUGGACGCUAAAGGAGCAGAGCAGCACUAUUGAGAGACUCUCUAAAGAAAACUUUGACCUGAAACUCAAAGUCAUGUUCUUGAGCAAAAGGCUCGACACCUUGUCGGAAGAAGGUCUUAAGGAGAUGAUAUCCGAGAACGUUGAGCUGAGAACGAAUCUCGCGAUAACGACGCGAGACAACAAGAUUCUGCGGAAACGAGUCAAGGAACUAGAAAAGAAGGAGAAGGAAGAUGAAGAGAGACCGAGUACUGCUCGCAGCGCUGCCUCUUCGACGGACCAAACCGCCAAGAUGUACAACGAGGAGGCUCAAGAGCGGGAAGAGGAACUCAUGUUCUUGCGAGAGCGUGUCGAAACCUACGCCACUGAGAUUGAAAGGCUCCGAAGUGAGACUCAGGAUAGGGAGUCGGAGAAGAAGAAACUGUCGGACAUUGUCAAGACGCUCGGCGAGCGGUCUGGAAGCGACGCUUUCGGCCGCCAGGAGGAAGCAGACGUCUGGAAGGACUUGUUGGAGCAGGAGACUGCGCGCAGAGAGCAGUCGGAUGAGGACAACAGGAAACUGCGAGAUGAAGUUUUCCGGCUCAAGAAGGAGAUGUCUGGCGCUGGUUCGGGCAUGCUGCAUCAUACGACCAACAUUUACAACAUUACCAAGAAACCACGAGACCGGGGUGCUUCACCGGGCAGGCCCAUGUCCAGCGUGUCUGGCGAUGCCGAUGGUUCUCACGCCAACUUUAGUGCGGCCAGUACCUUGGUCGACGAACUGCGGCGGGAGAGCGAGCAGCUGCGCCACGAGAAUGCUGAACUUCGUCGUGAGGUUGGAGCCCAGACCUCUAUGCUGACUUCCAGAAAUCGCGAAAAAGAACGCCUGUACCAGGAAAUUGAGGAUCUCAAGAUGGCUCAGCGCCGCGGUGGUCCUGCUCCUUCUACUAUUGACAGUCUCCUAGAACGGUCCGCAUCUCGUGCAGGCGCUCUUGAGAGACCGAGCUCGAGGAAUAGUGUUCGGACUAGGCAGCUGACAGCGGAGGAUGAGGCAGAGCGCGAGGAAAUGGAAAACAAAAUGGCUGAGCUGCGCGACAAAGUUAGCGAAGUCAAACUGCAGAACCAGGACCUGCAGCGGGAGUUGGAGAGCUGCAUGGCCGACUUUGAGCUUGCUAUUAACCAGAAGCGCGAGGCGGAUGAGGCUCUCAUGAGUAUGCAGGAGGAGCUCGACAACGCGACAAACGACCUGAUUGCGCUGCAGUCAGAACGCGACGAAGCAUUGAGAGAGCAUGGUGAAAUGGAGGCCAACUUUGAGGACCUUCGCAGCGAGGCCCAGGCGGAGAUUGAUGCGCUAGAGGCGGAAGUUCAGCGGCUGCAGGCUGAUCUGAGCGACAGAUCCGAAAACUUUGAGAGCUUGCAGAAGGAGAUGCGACAGAUGAGCGAAGCCCUCCUUGGCCUUGAAGACGAGCAGGAGCAUAAGCUUCAACACAUUCAGCAGCUCGAGGAGGAGCAGGCUAACCAGACACACCGCAUCCAACACCUGGAGCAGGAGCAAGAAUCUUCCAACAAGGAGCUGGAGGAAUUGGAGCAGAAGCUACUGGAAUCCAACGAAAAGAACCAACGCCUUUCCGUCCAACAGGAGUCAUCCCAGGGCGAGAUUUCGUUCCUUCGGGAAGAGCAGGAGGCGGACAAGAUUCGCAUCGGUGAUCUGGAGGCGGCCCUUUCUAACUUGGAGAGAAGCUUGGAAGAUGAAAAAGAGCGAGUCAAGGAGCUGGAUAACCGGAUGCAAGAGGAGCGCGCCCAAUGGGAGGAUGUCACCACCAAGAAGGAUGCCGAUGUCCAGCAGAUAUUUGCUAACCUUCAGCGAGAGAAUGCUAGCGCCAAGGACGAGGUCAAGCGGCUGCGUAAAAGCUUGUCAUCUCGUGAGGUUGAGGCAACCGAGUGGAAGGAGAGGUUGCUGGAGCUGGAGAAUAACUUGAGGGAAGCUUUGGGUGACCUGAACGGCACCCGCUCUUCGCUGCUAAAGUCUAUUGCACGGAUGCAGCGUGAGCUCGAGAACACUGUCCGUGAACUUGACACUUCUAAAGCAGCAUUGGUCGAGAAGGACCGAAUCAUUAAGCAGCGCGAUUCACUAUUGGAGUCGCAUGCCCUGGAAACUCGCAAAAUCACCGAGCUACUCGAAAAGGAGCGGGUUGCCCACCGCAAUACCAAGUCUCAAUUCGAGUCGUUCCAGAAGACGCACCAGCAUCUCACUCGAACGGCCAGCACGCAAGAUGUCCGCAUUAGCGAACUGGAAGCUACCAGAGGCCAGGAUCGCCGGAAACUUGCCGUGCUGGAGCAGACUGCCCGCGAGCAGCUGCUGGAGAGGAACGAGCUGCUACUUCUUCUGUGGCACAAGCUGAGCACGCUCUGCGGCCGAGAAUGGGCCAACAACAACACACUCGUGGACCGGCAAGUUGUGCCGACGCUUGAAGUCAUUGCGAGUCGCCUGCCGGGAUUUACUAAGAAUCUCUUGUCUGCUGUUAAGACUAUUGAGGGCAUGUUUGCGGCUCUGCAGACAAAGAUCAAGUCAGUUGAGAAGGACCUCUAUCGCGAGUACCAAGCUCUCGAGAACAAUCUGGAUGUGCGAAUCAAGAAGCUUGAUCGACUAGAGACUAUGGUUCGCAACUCUGUUGCCACUGGGUCGCUGGGCUCUCACGAGGCGUCGAACCGGAUGCUACGUCUCGAAGAGGCAUAUCGUCAGCUCAAGGUGGAAAAUGCCACACUGAGGACUGCUAAUGAUGUUCGUGCUCGUGCGGCUCAUCAAAUUCCUGGAGCAGGCUCCGAGGCCAGUGCCGGUUCGCCGUCGGCUUCUCGUGGAACUGGCGAUCGUCCUUCCAAGAGCAGGGCGUCAUCCGCCGUGCGUGCUCCGUCCGCUUCUGGAAUCCCAGUAUCGUCGUCAAGGGCUGGACUCGGCCUCAUGGAUGCGUCAAAUUCCGACGGGUCGGUUAGCCAGAACGACAAUCGCUGGCUACUCAGACUCCGGGAUAUGGAGUACAAGCUGAAGAUGGAGCGAGAAGGGCGCAACCAAGACAGGCAGGCGGCAAGGCAGCGACUCGGCGGCUUGGAAACUGAAAACAGAGAUUUGAGAGAGAAGGUGAGGCGCGCAAACCAAGAUACCGAGUAA